AUGAAUAAUUAUUGUAUAACUUUUUGACGGAAUCCUUAUUGUGGAAGGCCGUGAUCCUUCAUAGAAUUUCUAAAUCAUCUUAAAUCCUACAGGAGCAAUAAUCACAAAAGAGCUAAAUCUCACAAUGUGAGGGAGAUUUUGCAUUCUCCAGCGGCAAAAAAGCUAAUAAAAUGGAUUCUGAGCAGAUUUAGAAUAAUUUUGUAUAUGGCUAACAAAAAUGCAUAUGAAUUUAUUUAG